AUGUCUAACCAGGAUAUUCCCCAAUAUUUUGAGUUCGGGACAGGUUUUCCAGAAAACGAAUUUUUCGGCGAAGGUGGCCCCAUCGACUCUUUACUUAGCUUUUCCAACGUAUUCAACCAUGCUAGCGGUCGCUCAGUUAUGCAUUCGUCAAUCCAAAACCGCCCAGGCUUGACAAGAGGAAGGAUUCCUGGGCUCCCCCCAUUUCUUCACCACCACCCUAUCAUUGAUAUGGAUCCUAUGGCGUUCUUCGGGCAGCAACAGCCACCACAAGUGGGAUUUCCAGCACGGUUAGGUGUCGACCGCCGCUAUGAGAGGAUACAUACACAAGCCCCGCCCUCACCUCCCAUCCCACAACCUUUAAGUGGACGUAAUCGAAAGCGCCGCGCUUCAGAAAAGGCGAUCUCAGAACUUAAGCACAUGCGCUUAAUCGACCUUAAAGAAGAUGAUGACUGCUGUAUUAUUUGUAUGGAACCAUUCGUGGACAUUAAAGCAUCCACUGAUGAACCCAAACAAGAGAACGCCCUUCAGAUGCCAUGCGGCCACAUGUUUGGUUCUCAUUGCCUUAAGCUUUGGCUUAAGGAUCAUAGCACAUGUCCCACUUGUCGCAAGGAGGUGGACUUUGUUGAAGAGGAUGAACGGGGCGCCAUGGCAACAAAUCGUCGGCGGGUUGGUGGUGUAGAUCUGCGUCAUAUCCCAGGAGUGUCAAGUAGGCGUGUGGGACGGGAGGCAACAGUGAACCGGCUUGUAGAAGUAGAGGUGAUUGUUCGGCAGCAAAGGUUUGCUGCCCCUCCAUCACAAGAGCAGCUGGAGCCAGCAACAGUAGCAACACGGGUUGGCGUGACAGGAGAAGCAGGAUGGAUGGCAGCGGCAGCGGGAGUGGUAGCAGGUCCACAUGUACCACCGGCACCACCUGCGAAUCAGUAUUCGCAGUAUAUGAGCAUGGUUGGUGCAGACGGUACCAAGGGCACCGCCUUACAUGCACAGCAGCAGCAGCAGCAGAUGAUGAAUCAACCAGAUCAACCACAUGUACCAGCGAGCAUGCCUCAACGCUCUCAAUCUCACAGACACUCAUUACGACAAUCUCAAUAUCAACCGUACCCAGAGGUACUUACUGCUCACCAUAGCUCGCCGAUCACCCCAGAGUCGAUGAUCGGCAUGUACGGUGUUUCUCCCUUAGGGCUUCCUCCCCCAGGAUAUUCCUCCGUAACAACGAACAUCACGCCUGAUAAUCCAGCACAGGCCCCGCUCCCAAACCAAUAUGGUGUGCCACGAUGUCCGUGGAAUCCCGCUGUUCGUGCGCAACAACAGCAGCAGCAGCAGCAGCAACAGCAAGGAAUGUAUCAACAGCAGCAAACCCCUAACAUCGACCCUUCCCCAAUUUCCCCACUUUCUCACCUCCAAGUCUCCGGCUCAAGACGCGUUUCAGCAGCUUCACAGGAUCAGUGUGAUUACACAGAUAUGUCCAUGUGUCAACACCAGUUUGGCAACAUCAAUCCUGAAUUCAGCGCCGGCAAUAUCGCACUGCUGCCACCAGACCAGACACAGAUUAUACACCUAAAUUGUGGACAUGGGUUCCAUAGAGCUUGCCUGUUAUCAACCACAAAAUCGAGGGCUCCGAGGGGUGAGGCGCAAUGGUUGUGUGGGAAGUGUGGAAGAUAUGAAAACGAGGUAGAGGGGAGGCAACAGCAGCAGAUAAAUGAGCAGUCACAGGAGGUAGCAGAGUAG